GCACUAACUUCACUGAUUCAUUCUGACAGAAGCUGCUGAUCCAGCCCAGAGCCUCAGCGGGCUUCCGAGGAUGUCCACCCCGCUGCGGGGACACGGAGCUCCGGGCGGGAUGCUCGGGUCCAGCCGGCCGGUCCUGGUCCAGUCGCCCUGCUGCUGCCCCCGCCGCGUCCCGCACCCAUGAAGCCCCCGCUGAUGAAGCCCCGAGCAGCCGGAGAGAGGCGGACAGCGGCCGCAGACAGAGAGCAUGUACUGGCGCGUAGGGUUCGCCUGGUUGCGGUCCUGUGCGGUUGAUCUCGGCCAGAACCAGAGCUCCUCCUCCGGCCUGCCGGGCUCCGAUGAGCGGCUCCUGUUCGGCUGCAUCGUCGCCUGUCCGCUGCAGGACUGCGGCGGCAUCAUGUCCGCUCUGGGCUCGGACUCCUGGUGGAGGAAGACGCUGUAUCUGACCGGGGGGGCUCUGCUGGCCGCCGCCGCCUAUCUGCUGCACGAACUGCUGGCCAUCAGGAAGGAGGAAGAGCUGGACUCUAAAGACGCCAUCAUCCUCCACCAGUUCUCCAGACCGAAAUCCGGAGCUCCGUCGUUGUCCCCGUUCUGCCUUAAGAUGGAGACCUACCUCCGCAUGGUGGACCUGCCCUACCAGAACUACUUCGACGGGAAGCUGUCGCCUCAGGGGAAGAUGCCGUGGAUCGAGUACAACCAGGAGCAGGUGUUCGGCUCCGAGUUCAUCAUCGACUUCCUGGAGGAGCGUCUGGGCGUGAGCCUCAACAGGAGCCUGACGCCGCAGGAGAAGGCCGUGUCCAGAGCCGUCACCAAGAUGGUGGAGGAGCACUUCUACUGGACGGUGGCGUACUGCCAGUGGGUGGACAACCUGGAGGAAACCCAGAAGAUGCUGUCGGUGAGCGGACCGCUGAGCGACCUGCUCAGGUGGAUCCUGAGUCACCUGACCGGCGGGAUCGUGAAGCGGGAAAUGUACGGACACGGGAUUGGACGGUUUUCUAAGGAAGAGGUUUACGCCCUGAUGGAGAAAGACAUGAGAACGCUGGCCACGCUGCUGGGUGAUAAAAAAUACCUGAUGGGCUCGAAGCUUUCCACGGUGGACGCUGCAGUGUUCAGUCAUCUGGCUCCGGCCAUGUGGACGCUGCCGGGAUCCCGACCAGAGCAGCUCAUCAAAGGUGAGCUCAUCAACCUGGCCAUGUACUGCGAGCGCAUCCGCCGGCGGUUCUGGCCGGAGUGGUUCGUGGACCUGGAGGACUUCCGCUACACUGACACCACGGAGAGCGUCAACUCUGCGUCCAAACUCCCCGACCUGGGCCUGUACUCCCGGACCGACACCUUCCAUGACGACACCCACUCGCACACUUCCCAAACGCCCCGAGACCCGCCGUCGCCCGACAGCGACCCGACGGGCCACUCGCUGUACGACUCGGACAUGGACACAGAGUGCUCUGACACAGACCAGCUCAAGUGUUGACGACACACUCACACUUAAUAGUCGGUAAACACACCACCAGAGAGCGAGGCGUCCUGCUGCACAUGGCGCCCCCUACUUCUUGAAGCAGGAACCAACCGGUUUCUGGCGUUUCAGAGGGUUAAACCCCAAAACUGCGGUGGAGGAAAGUCGAGAAAGUUGCAGGAAAUACUCCAGGAGUACAUGACGCCGUGGCUGAGGAACUCCUCCAUGUCGUCAUCUGCAGUCACAACCUUCUACCUGUUGCCGUGCCCGCUACCUGUAGCCACAGCCACCACGUUUGUGCACGCCCCCCGUCGUCCGUCGUAGCGACUCGCAUCACCAGUGUGUGUUUCAAGGCCUGGCAAGAUUCAUGCGACCCAUGAAUGCGGCUCGGUGUAAAUAUACGAUCUGAUUUGUCAGAUUUAGUAGAUAGAAUAUUUGAUUACAUAAAAAUAUCCGAGUAUAAAUAGUAUAGAUAGAAUGGAAGUAUAUCUCCUGUGUCAUACAGUGUAAAUACUGUAGGUGUUGGACUCAGUCUGUCGUGUGUUCGUCUCCAUGAUCCGCCAACAUCCGUUUACACGACUGGACGUUACAGUAAUGCCUGCUGCCCAUAUUUAGGUCGUAAAAUUUAGAUAUUAGCACUUUUAAAACUAUCUUUUUGUCUUAUUGAGACAACUAUUUUGCCAAAAAUUUAAAAAAAACUCCCCACAUCUUAGAGUAACGAGGCUCCUGUGUUCGUAGCUUGAGGUCAAAUAGCGUUAAUUGGAGCGUUGAGAACGAGUCGAACACUCGCGUAGAGUUUACAGAUAUUUAGUGCAUGGCUGGUACGUGCCCGUUUAAAAAAAAAAAAAAAAAAAAGUCCCUUUACUCUUUAGAGAAAGUCGUUUCUUAGCUGGCCUGUUUGUUUGUCGGUGCCUCUGGACAAACAGGAAGAUGUAGCCGAUGGAUGUUUAGCAAAGGAUUUUAGGGUUUUUUUUAGUGAAAGCAAUAAGAGAGCAGGUCCACUCUGUUUGGUUUUGAUUUAACGCCACGCUGCAGCAGGUGAUGACGGAAGGACACAGGUUCUUUGUGUGUUUGUCGCUCAGCAAAUGCACGAACCGACAACGUUCUGUGUGUUCAGGCUGCUAAGGAGUAGAAUAUUUAUGUGAUUCUGUGUUUAAAUGAGGCUUGGCCUACGUAAAUACCGACGGAGGUUUCAGCGUUCGAGUGGAAACAGUGGUUUUAUCGAUGCUGCUUCUCAUUUGUGGUGCAGUUAAAUCAUAUUACAGAGUCAGACUGAUCAUUUUAACGGAAGCAUUAUUUAUUUAACGGCCUGAUCACUCAUGUUUCUACACAAAAGCUUGGUGACAAAAUGACAAAACUAAAGCUAUGGGACUAAAAACGGAGAAACACAAAUCUGCAUGUUAGCUAUAGAUUGACUACAUGCUUGUCUGGUUAGCUAAAAAGCUGAUAUUAGCAGUAGAUUAAACCAUUUUAACCUGGUUAUUUUAUACUAAAUGAUAAGAACUGACUCAGAUUUAUAUGAUUCCAGAAAGAGGAGCAAAAUGCUGACAAGUUAGCUGCUAUUUUUUAGUUGUUUGCAGUGUUUAUACUUUGAUUUAUGGAACAAAAUGCAGAAACUUUCACCUAGUUUGGAGUCAUUCGGUCCGACCAGUUCAAAAUAGGGAAAACACAUGUAGUUUGUCCCUCCUGUUGAUAAUAAAUAAUAGAUUCAUCAAAAUUUUAUUUAUCAAGUACAUUUUAAUAACUAGGCAGUUCACAAUAGUGUACAUCAAACACAAAAUGCAUAAAGUCUAUGUGUAACAGGGAAAUAAAGCAACAUAAAAAAGACAUUUAAACAAUUACAAAAGGUAAAUAGAGAAAAAAACAUAAGAUAAAACAAAAAGUAAACGCUACAGUGCAGUUUAAAAUAUUCAGAAGCCUCAUGCAGAGUGUUUUAUGCUUAGAUGGUUCGUUAAACCGUGAAACCACACCAAAGUUAUCUAAAUUUAUCCAAAUGGCUUGAAAUUUGUCUAUAAUGACCAAAAAUGUGAUUAAAUUGACUCAAAAUUGUCUGAAAUGACAUGAAAGUCAUACCACAUGGCUUAAAUUGUCCAAAAUGGUCUAGGUACCUUAAAACUUUUUCCAAAAUUAUUUAAAAUCUGUCCAACAUGACCUAGAAUUGUCCAGAACAACUUGAAACACCCUUAAAUGACGAGUUACCUGUCCAAAAUAACCUAAAACACGUCCAAAAGUAGUCUAAAUUGUCUGAUAUGACUUGAAAAGUACCCAGAAUUACUUGAAAAAGUCUAAAAUGACUGGAAAGUUGUCUAUGAUAAGUCAAAACUGACUUCAAUGACCCAAAAUGUUCAUAAAAUUGAUCCAAAAUGACCUAAAAUCAGUCUAAAAUGACCCAAAUUUAUCCAAAUGACUACAAUCCAUCGAAUUGUCUCAAAAUUAUCUAAAAUGACUUGAAAAUCAUCCUGCAUGACUUAAAAUGGUCUGAAGUGACUCGAAAAACACAAUUAUGAACCUGUAAAUUUGCAGAAUGUGGGCUCUUAAAAAAAAAAGUUAAACUAAAGCUCUCCAAACUAACCAACAAAUUCUAAUCAAUUCUAAUGGAUUUAAGUUAAAUUUUACCAUUUAAACACUGAUGUGACAAGGCCUUAACUAACUAAUAGUUCUGCGUAUAUAUUGGAUAUCAGCCCAUAAGUUACAAGAAACUUUCAUAGAAAAAUGCAAAAAAUAUGUUGGAGAUUACUUCUAAACUGUCUCCACUUUGCCAACACUUCAUGCUAACCCCAACCCUAACCCCAACCCUAACCCUUAACCCCAACCCUAACCCCAACCUUGACCCCAACCCUAACCCUUAACCCCAACCCUAGCCCUAACCCCAACCCUAACCCUAUGGGGCGUUGGGUCGUCCCCUAAACCUAUCGCUAGCUCUGGCAGCUAUUUUCUUGCCCUUCAAUGUCCCUUCAAUCAAGUUAGCAAAUCAAAAAUGUUCCUCUAAGGUGUUUUUGGGACAUUUUAUACUUUCAAAUGUCAACGUUUGUCUGAGAAAUGCGUCAGUCUGGCUUUGUUUGUGAAGACACUGCACAUAUGUGGAACCUAAACCUGUAGCAUUAGCAUGUAGCAGAAAAAAGACAAGAUGAUGCCUUUGAUGAUGGCUUUGCUAAUGAAUUUAAGACAAGUUAAGAAUUUUUGGUCAGUUUGGCUCCUACUGAACACAUUAUUAUCAUUUUGAUACUGGACUGGAAGAAAAAAGCCUCAACGGAGCCUUUAAAGUGGAAACUAGCUGAACGUUUGGUGUCUUAACCUCCCUCGCCUGCAUGCUCUCUGCCUUCUCUCAUCGACAGUCAGAUUUAGCCUUAUGGAAACUGUUUACUUUGAACCAGUGCCAGCAGAUGACUUCUGUUUUUACAUGUAUUUAUUUAUUGAUUGAUUUUGAUGGUCAAUGUGCUUGAAUUCUGGAAAUAUCGUUCAAUUUUUUUGCACUUUUCCUCACGUUUACAUUCUGUUCUCUACGGCUGAACUGGUUUAUUGAUCUGUGUAUUGGUGCAAUGCUGUAGAUUCUCUGCUGCUUGUGCGUGCUUUCAUCCCUGUAACUGCAUGUGCAUCCACGUUUUGGGGUAAAUGUUGGAAACUCAUACCGUCAUCGUCGUGUUUUUUGCUGCAAACUCUGCCUUCUUCUCAAAGAGGAAGGAAAUGUUCCUCCGCAGUGCUUCAUGUUCGGUUGAAGCUAAAAUACCAAACUGACCCGAUCAGAUGACGGUCGGAGUCUCUUCUCUCUUUAAAGUUCACAUGUUGCAGGACGGAGAAAAACUGCAAAAGUCCUUUUUUUUCUGAUCGGCGUCCGCCAUCUGUCUCAGUGUUCCUCAGCAUCUGAAGGUCGGAGGUUUUGGUUCUGGUCUCCACCUUCCCGUCAUGAUUUCAGCUUGUAGACCGUAGAAACCAUCGUCUCUUGGUGUCGUGUUUGCUGAAAACUCAUCGAACUGUAAAUAAGAGAGCCGUUAAUAAAUUAAUUAAAAUAAAAGACGCUGUGUGCGGUUUAAAAAAGAUUCUUCUGAAUGUAUCGUAACUAGAGAUAAAAGGCUGUAUGACAAUGGAUUACCGGUAAUAUUUCAUUAAAUAUAGCUGUGAUAUUUUC